GAGCAACAUAUUCGCAGCAAUCAAUCAAGUGGUGCACAAUCAAAGCGAUGAAGUAGAUAACAGCAGCGCUUCCAAAUCUCAGUCUUUGGCUCAGUGAGGCGCUUCUCCAGCGAGCCAGUACUGAAAGUGUAAUUUGUGCAAGGCCACAACGUAAUAUCAUACAGGACGAACCAAACGAGCGAGCCCUAGCUCAUUAACAGCGUGCCGAAACCUCGGCAAUUAAAAGUAGCAGCACACUCAUAUACUGUACUUGUAUCCAACUUGAUAGCUGCUAAAGGCGAGCUCGCGGUGCUGGGCGGUCGCGGAGGUCGACACGCAAGAUGGCCACUGCUCGGCAACGCCUCCUCAAGGAGUACAAGGAGGCGCUAAAGCAAAAGUCAGAGGACACGGGUAUAACGCUCAUUCCCAACGAAACAAACCUCUUCGCAUGGCGGGCGGUCCUUCGGGGCCCAAAGGAAACGCCCUUCGAGGGCGGCGUGUUUGAGCUGGUGAUAAACGUGCCGGAGCAGUACCCGCUGCAGCCGCCAGCGGUGCGGUACCGCACAAAGAUAUUCCACCCCAACGUGCACUUCAAGACUGGCGAGAUCUGUCUGGACAUUCUGAAGAACGCCUGGAGCCCUGCCUGGACGUUGCACAGCGUAUGCCAGGCAGUGCUGGCACUCAUGUCCGACCCGGCGCCCGACAGCCCACUCAACUGCGACGCCGGCAACCUGCUCCGCUUCGGCGACACUCGCGGCUACAACAGCCUGGCGCGCAUGUACACACUGGACUACGCCCGGUAGCAGCAGCAGCUGUGGGGCGGAGGCGGCGGGGAAGAGCGGCUGAGCAGCUGUGAGGAGGCGGCGGAGGAGGCGGAGGAGGAGGCGGUUGGUUUUGCGCUCACAAUCGCAGCAGCGGGAGUCGGCAGCGGGGCCGCGAGCAGCUCUGGGCUUUAGUUAUGAAGCUCGGUGUCUGGUGUGUUGCGCUGGAUGGUGGUGUCUGCAUCCUGGACCUGGUGUGGUGGUGUUGGGAAAUGCAUGGAGUAGGGGUUGGAGCUGCAGCAGCUGAUGUAUGGCUGUUGAUCUGCGCGACUGUCCUCGUGCGUUGUUUCAUCCACAUGGGGCGGCCUGGUGCUGCGUGGCAACACUGCAUGCCUGCACCAGCUAGCAUCACAUUGAUGAUGUGCGAUGGGACAGUGUAAAGGCAGGUUGGUGAAGUCCCGCAGGGUGCAGCUGAUUCCCAGACCCCAGAAGAUGGCAAACAAUUUGCAACGGCAGCGCAGGAGUGCGCGGCUGGUCGAACGCCGGAGUUCCUGUACCGAUAAGUUGCUGGCUAACCGGAAGUUUGCUGAUGCGCAUUCCUCAUGCUCCGGGCGCACCAGCAUCACAUUGCUGAUGGCUUGUUUGCUUUGGCAGCACCUGUAGUGGUCAUGGCAGUAAUGGUCAAGCAGACUGCUAUCGAGUCUUUAUUUACCAGACCAGAGUCAGGGCGCUGACGGGGAGUGUGUGUGCCGGGUGACAAUGCAUCCAUGAACGAGUGUUGCAUACCGCAUACGUGAGGCCCGUGUGCGGCUGCGCGCGGGUGGCUUGGUGCGCACAUGCAAACCGACAAACUGUCAAAGGCAGUUGUAAGCGAGGGCUUCG